GCUCGAGCAUCGCAAUUCGUCAUGAAUCUCGAGCCUACAAUGUCAAGAACUGAGAAGGUACCAUCUCCGCUGGGGAUCACUCAUAUGUUGCGGUAGAAUUGGAGGCAGUGCGUUUUCCCGAAUCGGGUCAUUCAUGCCUCUGUUGUUGUGUUGUUGCCUCUACUAAUACUAAUCUGAUGAUGAUGGGUUAACUCACUCUACUAAGUUUCAUAAUCUAAUUUGGCUCUUCCGUUUCAUUCGACUACCGGCACUAUCAUUCCCCCAGAUCCUCUAGCCUUUCUCCCCUCAAUCGGAUUUGUUCCGCUGGAAAAUUACCUCCUUCAGAAUUACCACAAUCGAGUCGUCAUCAUGAGUCCAAUGUCUUUCCGCAUGAUAUCCCUCGCUCUCCUCUCUCUUGUCUCCUUUGCCCUCACAGCUCCUACUUCAUGCGCACCUGGACAGCUAUGCGACAACGGUAUAACGGUCUUCAAACUGGUGACUAUUCGAGAUGACAUGCCCGAACUCCACAACAAGGCCCUCACAGCUUUCAACUCCACUCUGGGCAUCUUUCCCAGACAAACCAACACCGAGGCCAUCCCCGGUGCAUACGGCAUCUAUAUCCCACCUCGUACCGCCGAGUUCCAGCCCGAUUCCACCUAUGGGCCCGCGCGGCUGUCCGCCUGGCCAUUUGGCAUUGUCGGUCACCAGCUUGCUUUGGUAGGCCGCAACGAUUCGCCAGGACUGUACACAAUGAAAGACACGUUGUCACUGGAAGAGCGAAAUCCGCCAGGGGAUGAGGUGCGGAUGACGGAUGGCUGGGUAGUCGGCGAGGACGGACUGCUUGGAUAUGCGAUGCCGCCCUCCACAGGAUCGACCGAACGGGCAGGAUGGUUCGCAUUCCCCGUGGAUGUCAGGCCAGGUGCGCCCAAAAAGGGUGACUGGGCGAUCAAGUGGUAUGAACCGGAUUUGGCCGUCGUUAUCCAAAUCGGACAGCGUGUUGAAAUCCAGGUAGUGGCGGAUGAGGACCAGAGGUGGGGGUGAUAUGGAUGACUAUUGUUGCGACCCUCGCAGAAUGGCCAUCGGCAAUGGUCAUCAGCACGGAAAUGUUUACCAGUUCCAAGCGGGGCAGUUAUGAUCCGCAGAUACAACUAAACGAAGACUUUCCAAAGUAAAGAAGAAUAUGAUUUGGC